AUGCAACCCCAGCUGAGCUCAAGAAUCAAUUUGGUCCAAUUAAAAGCGCAGAUUGUGAAGAGGAUUGGGGCAGAGAAGUCGAAGCAGUACUUUUAUUACUUGAACAGGUUUCUGAGUCAGAAGCUGAGCAAGACUGAAUUUGAUAGGUCAUGUUAUCGGGUACUUGGCAGAGAGAAUCUUCCGUUACACAAUCACUUUAUAAAGUCAAUUUUGAAGAAUGCCUGCCAAGCCAAGACCCCACCGCCAGUCCAGCAAGUGACAGAUCCUCAUUCAAAAUCAGGAACACUUGUCAAUCAUGCAUCUCCUGGUAGAGAGGAUGGGCACGAACAGAGUGUUGCUAACUUCCAAAAUCAGAAUGCUUCCAUUUGGUCCAAUGGGGUUUUACCGAUUUCGCCACGUAAAUUAAGGUCUGGAGUGCGUGAUAGAAGGCUUAAAGAUAGGCCGAGCCCUCUUGGACCAAAUGGAAAAGUUGAUUCUGUUGCUCACCAAUCCACAGCUACAGAAGACAGCGGUAGUAAGGUUGAUAUGGAGAAUGGAAUUCUUACUCCAUGCGAUUAUCAAAGACCAACGCAGCAUCUUCAGGCAGUCGAUGAGCUACCUGAGAAUGGGAUCGGGGAUGCUAUUCGGAGACCUUCCCAGAAACCAAGAAUACAUGGCAAAGGACCAAGAGAUGUUUCAAUUGUUGAAGAUGGAGAAGAGGUGGAGCAGUUAAACCGCCUCAAUUUCUCUAGAAGUCCCUUGGUAGCACCACUUGGGAUUCCCUACGGCAUCACCAGUGUUAGUGUGGCCCGGAAAACAUUGCCAGUGAAUAGCACUAGUAAUGUUGCUAGUUGUUGUGACAGUGGUAGGUUAUCUGAUACAGAUUCUUUGAGAAGGCGCAUGGAGCAGAUUGCCACAGUACAGGGUCUUGGGAGUGUUUCUGUGGAAUGUGCAAAUACGUUGAAUAGUAUGUUAGAUGUUUACUUGAAAAGGAUGAUCAGAUCUUGUGUUGAUUUAGGGGGAGGUAGGUCCGCAAAUGAGCAGAGCAAGCUCCCUGUCUCGAAACAGCAGAUUCAGGGGAAGGUCAUCAACGGUUUCUGGCCAAAUAACCAUUUACAGGUGCAGAGUGCCAGUGGGUUGGUGGAACCUGAGCUUGGAUGCAGACCACCGCACCCGGUAUCUUUACAUGAUUUUAAAGUUGCUAUGGAGCUAAAUCCACAGCUACUUGGAAAAGAUUGGCCAGUACAAUUGGAGAAAAUUUCUAUGCAAUCAUUUGAGGAAUAA